AUGGCUUUGUACCCCGCCUUCAGCAGUUCAGACCUUUACUCUCGCCCUCCAAUCUCCGGUCCCACCCUCUACUCUCCACGUAAACAGUUCAGACCUUCCUCUCGCCCUCCAAUCGCUGUCUCCGCCCUCCCCUCCCCACGUAAACAGUUCAGACCUUUCUCUCGCCCUCCAAUCUCCGGCCCCACCCUCUACUCCCCACGUAAACAGUUCAGACCUUUCUCUCGCCCUCCAAUCUCCGGCCCCACCCUCUACUCCCCACGUAAACAGUUCAGACCUUUCUCUCGCCCUCCAAUCUCCGGCCCCACCCUCUACUCCCACGUAAACAGUUCAGACCUUUCUCUCGCCCUCCAAUCUCCGUCUCCGCCCUCCCCUCCCAACGUAAACAGUUCAGACCUUUCUCUCGCCCUCCAAUCUCCGGCCCCACCCUCUUCUCCCCACGUAAACAGUUCAGACCUUUCUCUCGCCCUCCAAUCUCCUGCCCCACCCUCUACUCCCCACGUUAACAGUUCAGACCUUUCUCUCGCCCUCCAAUCUCCGGCCCCACCCUCUACUCCCCACGUAAACAGUUCAGACCUUUCUCUCGCCCUCCAAUCUCCGUCUCCGCCCUCCCCUCCCAACUUCAGACCUUUCUCUUGCCCACCAAUCUCCGGCCCCACCCUCUACUCUCCACGUAAACAGUUCAGACCUUUCUCUCGCCCACCAAUCUCCGUCUCCGCCCUCCCCUCCCAACGUAAACAGUUCAGACCUUUCUCUUGCCCACCAAUCUCCGGCCCCACCCUCCCCUCCCCACGUAAACAGUUCAGACCUUUCUCUCGCCCUCCAAUCUCCGGCCCCACCCUCUACUCUCCACGUAAACAGUUCAGACCUUUCUCUCGCCCUCCAAUCUCUGGCCCCACCCUCCCCUCCCCACGUAAACAGUUCAGACCUUUCUCUCGCCCACCAAUCUCCGUCUCCGCCCUCCCCUCCCAACGUAAACAGUUCAGACCUUUCUCUCGCCCUCCAAUCUCUGGCUCCACCCUCUACUCCCCACGUAAAAAGUUCAGACUUUUCUCUCGCCCUCCAAUCUCCGGCCCCACCCUCUACUCUCCACGUAAACAGUUCAGACCUUUCUCUCGCCCUCCAAUCUCUGGCCCCACCCUCCCCUCCCCACGUAAACAGUUCAGACCUUUCUCUCGCCCUCCAAUCUCCCGCCCCACCCUCUACUCCCCACGUAAAAAGUUCAGACUUUUCUCUCGCCCUCCAAUCUCCGGCCCCACCCUCUACUCUCCACGUAAACAGUUCAGGCCUUUCUCUCGCCCUCCAAUCUCCGGCCCCACCCUCUACUCUCCACGUAAACAGUUCAGACUUUUCUCUCGCCCUCCAAUCACCGGCCCCACCCUCUACUCCCCACGUUAA